CAGUAGGAAGGGAGAAGUUGUCAUGGUGGGCGAUUUCAACUCCAGAGUAGGGAAAGCUUCCAGUAGAGGACAGGCGAUCGGGCAGCACGGAGAAGACAAAGUGAAUGACAACGGAGUGAGGAUGCUUGAAUUCUUGGGAAGCAACGAACUGAUGGUGUUGAACGGUAGGAGGGAAUGCGAUAAGCCGGAGUUCACAAGGCAACGGGCAGUUUGCAAUGAAUACUCAAUCCUCGACUACAUCCUGGUAGAUAGGGGGAGCACGCAGAUCCCAGAGCUGCACGUAAGUGCGAUAGAUAUAGGUUCGACCGACCACUUCCUCAUAUGGGCAAACAUCGACCGAUCUAGAAAGAUGGAGAGUAAGAAACAGAGGAAAGUGUUCCGGUGGAAGGUAGAGCGUUUGGGAGACGAUGGGACACGGGAUGAAUUCCAGAAGGGGCUGGCUGGUAGUGUAGAAUCCUUCAGGAAACUGCUGAGAAGCGUCGAAGACGGACAGGUAGACGUACAAGCAGCAGGGGACAGGGUGAUUGAAGGGUGGGAGUCCAUCGUGAACGCAACGGCAGAGAGAGUAGUGGGAACGAAGGUGGUACGAUGUGGGGUAUCGGUUAAGUGGUGGGAUGACGAGCUGAAAGAAGAAAUAGGGGAACGUAGAGAAGUCUUCAAGCAGUACCUGAGUGAGGCGUCUGAGGAGAGUUGGGAAAAGUACAGGGCCAAGAGAAAACAGGUGAAGGGACUAGUGAAAAAGAAGAAAAAGUGUAUUUGGGACGAAGUAGUGCAGAAGGCCAACGGAGGCCUGGAGGGAAACGUCAAGCAGAUGUGGGAAGGGAUUAGUGGAAUGGUAAAAAAGACCGCGCAAGGGGGGGAUACAGGGGUAGCAACUUUGCGAGGUGUGAACGGUGGAUUAGUCAGCAGUGGGAAGGGAAAAAGGGAAGUUCUAGCAGGACACUACAAGAGACUUGGAGUGCCCUCGGAGAAUGAAGCUUUUGACCAAGUGUUUAAGAAGGAGGUGGACGCAUGGGCCCAAAAAGAAGAAGAGACAUCGAAGGCAGACGUUGGGAACGUAGAACUAGAAAAGGAGUUCACUGAGGACGAGGUUGAGGCGUGUGUGAACAAGCUGAAGUGCCACAAAGCAGCAGGAGCGGAUGGGAUAGUCAACGAGUUCAUGAAGUUUGGGGGGAAGGGGAUGAUCCAGCUGAUGGUACUGCUAUACAAUUGGGUGUGGAAAAACGAGUAUACGCCAAGUAGAUGGAGGGAAGGAGUGGUUGUGAACUUGUUUAAGAAAGGAGACAAGACUGACCCAGGAAACUACAGGGGGAUCACACUGUUGAACACAGUAGGAAAAGUGUUCUGUAAGCUGCUGAACGAUAGGAUAGUGGGAGUAUUGGAGAAGGAACAUAGCAUUAGUGAGGGCCAGGCAGGUUUCCGCAAGAAGAGGGGGUGCGUAGACCACGUGUUCACGGUAGGGAGAAUCAUCCAAGGUAGAAAGAGGGCGGGAAAGCCGACGUACUGCUUCUUCCUGGACGUGAAAAAGGCAUACGACACCGUGUGGAGAAAUGGGUUGUGGAAACAACUGUCCAAAUACGGGAUCAAGGGGAAAAUGUGGAGAGUGCUGAAGAAGAUGACAGAGUGUACGAAAAGCGCGGUCAUGCUAGACGGAGAACUGUCAAAAUUCUUCGACAUUGAGCAGGGGGUCCCACAAGGUUGCACGCUGUCCCCAACAUUGUUCCAGGUGUUCAUCAACGAUCUGUUGGAAGUCGUAGAGGCAGUCCGGAAGGGAGUAAAAGUAGGGGACACGGAAACGUCGGUUUCAGGAAUGCUGUUUGCGGAUGAUUUUGUCGGUAUGUCGGACACCCCUGAGGGACUGCAACUGCAAAUUGACGCGGCGAAGAAGUUUACUGAUAAGUGGAGAUUGUCUGCCAACGUUCAGAAGAGUGCCGUCAUGGUAUGCAACGAGAACAAGGAGGAACCAGUAGAACAUAGAUGGAAGUGGGGGAUCGAGGAGAUUGCAGUAGUGGACCAGUACACAUACCUCGGAGUAGAGAUCGCAAAAGACUGCUCGUGGAAUGCACACAUGUCCAAGGUAGCGGAAAAGGGCAAAGCACGAGCAGGGAAGCUGCACCCAAUACUCGCAAACCGGCACCUCGAUACACGCAUCAAAUUGACGGUUUUGAAGAGCGUAAUCGUACCGCCGCUAGAGUACGCCGGAGAAGUAUGGGAAGGAAAUAAGAAGGUAGUGAAAGAACUCGAGGCGGCGCAGAUGAAAGCAGCGAAAACCAUCCUAGGAUGCUCCAGGCGCACAAGUAAUGCAGCCGUGAGGGCAGAAUUGGGGAUCCAAUCCCUACAGUCGGGAAGAGACGAAAGGAAGCUGACAUGGCAGUAUCGCAUGUGCGGGAUGGGAGAGGAUAGGUGGCCGAGAAUUGAUAAGGAGGGUCUACAAGUGAACGGGAUGUUGAAGGAAGGAAUGGGGUUCAAGGACUACCUACAUGGACCAAUGGAUGCAGGAACAAAGCUUAAGGUCAAAUUCAGGACCGGGGACAUAGGCCUUCGAGAACGUCGACGAAGACAUAGGACGGUAGACGAGGAAGACGACGAGUUCAAAUGUGAUUGCGGCUUCGAAUGCGAAGACCGUGUUCAUGUAGUCGCGGAAUGUCCGUUGUACAAGACGGAGAGGAAAGUGUACGUGACUGAGCUGGCAAAAAUAGAUGGAACGUACAGGGAGAUGUUUGAGGCAUGGAAUAGAGAGGAAAGGACGGUAGCUGUAGUGGGGCAUAGGAGGUGGGUUGAAAAGGCGGGA